ACAGUUGAGAAAAGAGAUCUUGGAUUGUCAGUUAGUGAGGCAGAGUGUUGUUGGAUGCUCGUCAAGUCAUUCACAGCUCUUUACCAAAACUUCAACUCUCACAACAUAAAUUUUCCCAAUUUAAAUGGUGUACCGAUUUAAAUGUCCAAGGGUACUCGCACCCUGGACCAUUCACUGGAUAAAACACCGAAAAAGCCCCAUAAAUUGAAAAAUAAUAACAACCGUGUACUAAUAAUUCAUGAGUAAUAAACAUUGUUGUGAAGAAUCGUGAAUAGAUGAUAAUGUGAUAAAUGCGAAGUGAAUUAAUUAUCGAGAAGGAAAUAACGAUAAGGGCAAUAAAACGUGGGGGCAACACUGAUGUUUCCGUUGGAGUCUGUUAUCAAUGAGUUGAAUGAUUUCUGGGAGUUCUAGAAUGAAUUUCUAGUUUCGAGUAAUAGAUACCCGCGAAUUAACAAACGAGUUGUUAUUUUAUUUUGGGGAUAAUAAAAUAGCGAGGGAGAGGACUUGAGGUGCGAUGAAACGAGAAAGGAUAUCGCGGAGGAAAGGUCUUGUCGCGAAUUCCGAGGAGAUUCAUUCUGAUUCACCUCCAGAUAUCGCCGAAGGACGAGAAAUUGUGGAGCGUCUGCAGAGGACACCUGGAGGCCCGGAGAAAUUCACAAACUGCUUGGGUAGAAAUAUCUGUGGUGAUGAGGCUGCCUGCAGGCAAUUCCCGAAUAACACUUCAAAGUGCGUUUGCACUCAUGACUCAUCAACGCCAACUGAUGAUCUGAAGUGUUUGACACGAAUCACUGUUUCCCCGGAAGUGGGGAAACCCAUACCUGUGCGACCCCCAAUCAGUAUCACAAAAAAUAAUACAGACCCCCUACCAGAUCGGGGACAUGUUGAGGAAACGGAUAAAGAAAAAAUAGCUGGGAUGAUUGGCGUCUUGAUAGCUUGUCUGGUGGUAAUCGGAAUCAUUGCCGUCAUAUUCCGCUUGUGGAGGAGAAAAUGUUACAGUGAAAAAGUCGAGGGAAAGACUCUUGACUUAUCGCCGAUGAAUUUGACAAAAAGUCUCUUGCUACCGAACAAGUACAUCCAGAAUCCCCAGUACUUCGGGUGUACCCCACCGGAAGUACCAAUUCUUCAUCGUGAUCAUUUGGUCUUCAUGUUUGAAGUGGGUGAGGGCUGUUUCGGAAAGGUGUACAAAGGUGAACUUCGUCACGUCGACAGGACGGAAAUUGUUGCGGUUAAAGUUCUCAAAGACGGGGCGUCACGAGAGGCUGAAGAGGACUUUAUGCGAGAGGUUGAGAUAAUGUCGACUUUUCAUCACGAUAAUAUUUUGUCACUCGUCGGAGUUGUUCUGAGGGACUCCAGUAAUAGUCCAUGGAUGGUUUUUCAAUUCAUGCCUCAUGGAGAUCUUGCUAAAGUCCUCAGGGCUAAUUCCAGACAAUUUCCUAUCUGUUCUAUCUCUGGACUCGAACCUCUUACUAAGGACUCAUUGUAUUGGAUUGUAGUGCAAAUAGCCUCGGGCAUGACGUAUCUCUCAGCACAGAGAUUCGUACACCGUGACCUGGCUUGUCGUAAUUGCCUCGUCGGGGAUGAUCUAGUGGUUAAAAUAGCCGACUUCGGGAUGUCCAGGGAUAUCUACACUUGUGACUAUUACAAGAUUGGUGGAUCCAGGAUGCUUCCAGUUCGGUGGAUGUCACCAGAGAGUGUAAUCUACGGACGAUUUACCCUGGAGAGUGAUGUCUGGAGCUUCGGGGUAGUCCUCUGGGAAGUUUACUCAUACGGUAAACAGCCGUACUACGGACACACCAACGAAGAAGUUGUUAAACUCAUUUCCCAGGGAAUAAUGCUCAUUCCACCGGAGGAUUGCCCUCCAUUCAUAUGUAAAAUAAUGUCGGGCUGUUGGAAAUCAGAACCGCGAGACCGUUUUAAAUUUCCUGAAAUACUUGAGAGAUUGCAGAAAGGACGGGAAACAGUGGAGAUGGAAAAAGGAAGUUUACCCAGACCACCCCAGGGACCGGUCACCAUUCCCUCUCUCGACAUCCUGGACACAGGGGGAUAUCUUGUACCUGCACCCACUCAACCCAAAGAAUAUCUCCAACCACUUCCCCCUUUCCACGUGUAAAUAAACUAUUUGCAGUCAAUUUACACAAUUUUUUGAUGGAAACGCUGAAAUAUUCUGGAAAAGUGGAUUCUAGGCCCGUUUUUACGCGAUUUCUCGGGAUUGAAAGGAGAUAGCGAAAUUUUUAUUAAUAUAUUUUUUUUAGAGGAAUGUGAGAGCUAAAAAAAAGGUGGUUAUAAAAAUUUCACUAUCUUCCUUCAAUUUCUAGAUUUUUCCAGAAAACUCAACUCGAAAAAUCGCAAUUUGACAAAAAAAAAUCGCAGUUUUCGUGAUUUUUGCAAUAUAAAAUUCGAAUUAAAAAUUCGCAGACGGAAUUGU